UUUGGGGCGGGAUGCCAUCAAUGCCAUCAAUAAAAAGUAAAUAGAAUGAAUGAGGAGCAUUGGACAUUUUGGUAUUAGUAAGCUCAGAUCAGCGGUGCCUGCUUUGGUGUUUGCUCUCCAUCCAAAUGAUAUCGGCUGCUUUUUGCAAUGGCAAAGACCCGGGAGGAGAUGGACAGCGGCCCCCUUCCUCAUUCCCGGUCCUUGCGGGGGUUUCUCCGAGCCGCCCUGUCUAGCAGCAGCACAAGCCUGAGAUACAGAACUGUUCUGCAGAAGAGGAGCAGAAAAGGAGUAUCCUUGAGCGAGGGAGAGAAGUUGAGUCUGCAGAGGGCGCUGUGCCUUUCUGCUGUUGCUUGCUAUGCUGUGUGAUUGCACACAUACACACACACACACACACACACACAGAGAGACACCAAAACCCUCCUCUUUCUCCCCUCCCUUCCCUGCCUCAGACUCAUUUAUUGAAAGAAGGGGACCGAGAAAGGCUGAGCAGAGAAGUUUGGGGAUGGGCUGGAGGUUGGCAACCCCAUGGCACCCGCAGCCUGCAAGCUCCUCUGACCCCUUCCCAUGCCCCCCAGCUGCUGUCUCUCCGACUAAGGGCAAAGCCAGCCCAGGGGCAUGUCCAGGUCUGGAUUUGCCCCAUUGAUGGGACUUUCUGGAUCUCCGAUGUAGCAGGAAGACCAUUCCAGGCAAACCGGGAGUUCCCUUGCCGGCCUCCUUUUCUUCGCCGGGGUGAAGAAUCCCUCCUUCCACAAACCAAAGAGGUCUCCUCUUUUCGGAUGUGAGAGAGAUCCCCGGCCAUUCACGUGGAGCAAAACCCCGGCUGGAAGAGCGGGAGAUGGAGAAUGAGGUUGGGAAAUCAGUGGAUAACCAAAUGGAUAAAUACAUAGUGACUAUAAUGGGGAAAUCCGAAAGCCAAAUGGAUAUUGUGGAGAAAUCGACUCGAUCUGGGCAGAAGUCCUGGAGUUUUGUAGCUGUCUGCCUGACCGUGCUGCUAGUCCUCAUGACCUGCGCUAUGGCUGCCCUUGCCGUUUUGUACUCCAACAGCAGAGGUGCUCAAGACGGUGACAACCCGGAGAACAUUUGCACCACUCCUGGAUGUGUCACGGCAGCGGCCAGAAUCAUUCAGAACAUGGACCCCACAGCAGAACCUUGCCAAGACUUCUACCAAUACUCCUGCGGGGGCUGGCUCCACCGGCAUGUCAUCCCGGAAACAAGUUCCAGAUACACCAUCUUUGACACACUGCGGGACGAACUGGAGAUUCUUCUCAAAGGUGUGCUGGAGACCCCAGAGCCGGAAGACCGGGAUGCAUUCCAGAAGGCGAAAAUGCUCUAUAGAUCCUGUAUGAAUGAAAGCUUUAUAGAACAAUGUGAUUCAUCGCCUCUGCUAGAGGUCUUGAAUGUGGUUGGAGGCUGGCCAGUAGCUUCUGAAGCCUGGAAGAUCACUAACGAGUCAAACUGGAGUGUGGAAGAGAAGCUCUCUUUGCUGAAUUCUCGAUUUAACACCCGAGUCCUCAUCGAUAUGUUCGUCUGGCAUGAUGACCGGGAUUCCAGCAGAAAUAUAAUUUAUAUUGACCAGCCUGGACUGGGGAUGCCUUCUAGAGAUUACUACUUUAAUGACGGGAACUACCAAAAAGUGAGGGAAGCAUACUUUCAGUAUAUGGUCACCAUUGCCAAAAUGAUCAGAGAAGACAUGAACGGGUCCAAGGAUAACCGCUUUGUCCAAGAAGAAAUGAGGAAAGUGAUGGAGUUUGAGACAGACAUUGCAAACGCUACCGCUUCCGCAGAAGAAAGACAUGACGUGACUCUGCUGUACAACAAAAUGACUCUCACGGAGCUCCAGGAAAGGUUUGAGUUGAAUGAGUUUAAUUGGACACUCUUCAUUCAAGGUGUGAUGUCUUCAGUACACAUUCAGAUCAGCCCUGAUGAGGAGGUGGUUGUACACGGAAUCCCAUAUCUCAAGGACCUGAAAGCCAUCAUCUCCAGCUAUUCCGCCAGCACAAUCCAAAACUACCUGAUUUGGAGAUUGGUGAUGGACAGGGUUGGUGGCUUAAGCCAGCGUUUCAAGGAUGCCCGGGCAAGUUACAAAAAGGCACUUUAUGGAACAAUGCUAGAAGAUGCCCGGUGGCGAGAAUGUGUGAGCUACGUCAACACCAACAUGGAGAAUGCCGUAGGAGCACUGUACGUCAGGGAAACCUUUGCUGGGAAGAGCAAGAGGAUGGUCCGAGACCUCAUUGAAAAAAUCCGUGAAGUGUUUAUCGAGACGCUGGACGAAUUGCCGUGGAUGGAUGGAACCUCCAAAGGGAAAGCUCAGGAGAAGGUGACUGCGAUCAAAGAGCAGAUCGGCUACCCGGAUUACAUUCUGGAAGAUCAGAAUGAAAAAUUGGAUCGGGAAUAUGCGAAUCUGAAUUUCAGUGAGCUUGAAUACUUCAAGAACAUCCUGGAAAACCUCCAGGCCGGGGCUCAGAAAAGCUUGAGAAAGCUUCGGGAGAGAGUUGACCCAGAUGUAUGGCUUAUUGGUGCUGCCGUGGUCAAUGCAUUCUACUCCCCCAACCGAAACCAGAUUGUCUUUCCUGCAGGGAUCCUGCAGCCCCCCUUCUUCAGCAAGCACCAGCCCCAGGCGCUCAACUUUGGAGGGAUCGGGAUGGUGAUCGGGCAUGAGAUCACGCACGGGUUCGACGAUAAUGGACGGAAUUUCGACAAGGACGGAAACAUGUUUGAUUGGUGGAGCGACUUCUCGGCCAAGCAUUUCAAGGAGCAGUCUCGCUGCAUGAUCUACCAGUACGGGAACUACACGUGGGACCUGGCCGGGGGACAAAACGUCAGUGGCAUCAACACAUUGGGAGAGAACAUUGCUGAUAACGGAGGGGUCCGUCAGGCCUACAAGGCCUAUUUAAAAUGGGUGGAAAAGGAAGGGAAGGAACCGAGGUUACCCGGACUGGAUCUGACCCAUGAGCAGCUUUUCUUCCUCAACUUUGCACAGGUUUGGUGUGGUUCCUACCGGCCAGAGUAUGCCAGCCAAUCUAUUAAGACCGAUGUCCACAGUCCGUUGAAAUACAGAGUGAUGGGCUCCUUGCAGAACUUCGAAGCUUUCUCCGAAGCCUUCCAGUGCAAAAAGGGGACCCUCAUGCACCCCGCGGAGAAGUGCAGGAUCUGGUAACCAAAGAGACAUGAGCGGCGUCGGCGUCAGACCGUGGCAGUCUGGAAUGCUGAACCCGUUUGGAUUUUGCCAAUGAUGUGCCUGCUGGUUUAUCUCCCUUCGCCCCCCCUGUCCAAUCACAGCCACGAUUAACGGUGCAGCGCAUGGCAGUAGGGGCAGUCUGGACUCCUGUGGUUCAACCUGGACCGUGACAUGGGUCAUGACAUGUCACCUGUAAGCUACGCUCUGCUUCGGGAGGAAAGAAGAAAAGACUGUUUCUAAAGACGUCGACUGUUAUUAAGAUACAUCAGGGUUUAAAAGAUGAGCUAUUUAAAAAAAAAGAGACAGUUCUAUUUUUCAGCAAGCAGCAUUCAUCUUAGUAUAUGUAUGCAGUCUGGGGAGUUUGCGGAAUGCUCCAAGGUCUCCCUCCCAGCCUUUGAAUUGGUCUUUGUCUACGUGGGGGGGCUCAAUCCACCAGCUCCUGCAAACUAUGCAGCCACUUUCCAGCUCAAAACCAAUUUACACUUUCUAGAACGCAAGCACUCGGGUUUUUCCUCCAUGGAGACAGCUCGAGAUAUUCCAUGGGGUGGUGGGUAACAUCUGGGGGGCAGGAAUGCACAUGGUGGUUUGGGACUACACCCAUAGAGAUGGAAAAGAGGUGAUCGCAUUCCCUGUGUUCACAUUAUUCUGUUGUCCUGACCAUCGCACCUGCAGCAGUCAACGCUUUGGAAAGGUUUUUUAAAAACACACCCAAACUGCUAUAAAACCUUAUUGAUGUCUGAGGAAUUGAAAUGAAAAUUGGCAGGUAUGUUAUCCAAAGAUUCCUCCAUGGACAGAGGGCAAUGAUUUGUUCAUUAGUGACUCUUUCUUCUGUGCAUAAAUAAUUGCAAAGUAAUGGUCAGGGGGUAGGGGUAAAGAAGCCGGCAGAAAGCUGUUGGUAUGAACACGAAUACGCUGAAUAUUUAUAUAGUGCUUUUCAACCAAAGUUUCCAAAGCAGUUGGCGUAGCUAUAAACAAUAAUAGAAAUGAUAUAGAUAUUUUAAAAAUGACUCCCUGUCCCCAAAGGGCUCGCAAUCUAAAAAAGAAAUAUAAGAUCAACACCGGCAACAGCCACUGGAGGGAUGCUGUGCUGGGGACGGAGAGGGCCACUUGCUCUCCCCUUGCUAAAUAAAGAGAAUCGCCACUUUUAAAAGACACCUCUUUGCUCAUUUAGCGGGGGGAGCUGAGCUUUUCCAUGCUUGUCCGUGGAAAAGUUCUCAAAGCUGUUUAUGUAGAAAAAGGAGGAGAAGACAGUAGUUCCCCCCCACCCAAGAGUUUACAAUCUAAACAGAAACAGACAGCCACUGGAGAGAUGCUGUGCUGGGGAUGGAUAAGGCCAGUUGCUCUCCCCCUGCUAAACGAAGAGAAUUGCCACUUUUAAAAGGUGCCUCUUUGCUCAGUCAGCACAACAAUGCUAUCACCUAUUUUCCAUCUCUAGGAGAGUGGACGCCGCCAAAAAUCACUAGGAGCGUUCAUCCCGAGAUUGUACCAACAGGUAAAAUGUGUGGGCCUGGCUGAUGGACUAAGAUCGAUUGGUGAUUUUUGCCCUGUGCCUCUGGUGGUGCCCUCUACCCUCCAUACAGCCUAAUGUAAAAUGGCGCGCUAUGCUACCAUAACCCCAACACCUUGUAUUGUGACAACUUCUUGUAAAAGGUUGCAACGUGUCCGGGCAUUUCAUCCGGCGAGCUGUUCCAUUCGCUGUAAAAGUGAUGCUACAAUCCA